GCGAUGCCAUUCCCGUGCGAUUUUUAGCCAACUUAUUUUGGGUUUUUCAAAAGCUACUGGCAUCUCUGAAACAAGGUUAUUCAUAUGUUUAUUUUAUCAAUAAUACUAAAAACAAAGUACAUUUUUGUGUGAACAGAUGGAUAAAAGUAUCGCAAGAGCUAAACGACGACAAGACAAGAGUCACAAAAAAAGACCCCCAGGAAAAGGAAGUGAAGCUGCUCCGAAAACAACCAAACCAGUUGAUACUCCCGAACCCCUCAUUGUUUAUGAUGAUCGCUAUUCGAAACGUCCAAUCCAAUCGAAUUGGUCCGCCCAACAAGAAAUAUCCUCGGACGAGUCGGAAGACGGCCAAUCUAGAGCAGCAGAUUUUGAGAAACUCCUUCGACAGCCACACUCCGUCAGUGGCCAUUUCUUUCUCAGCACCGAAAAGCACUGGGUCAAGGAAGCCUCCGAGCCGGUCAUCAGUACGGGAAAAGGCAACGAACGGUUUGCGAAUCAUUUUAAAAUCGAUACUAAACAGUUGAAUGCAAGUUUCGCCACGAUUCCAUUCCACGAACGAAACGAAUAUCCGCUGGAAAUAUUUACCGAAUCGGAAAUAAACUCCAUGAAACUGAAGGCCGAACUGGAAUCGAAAAAAUACCAGAAUCUCUGUAGUAAACUUGAAGCGAGCAAAAAAAUGGCCGAUUCAAGAAAACCCGUUAAAAAUGUUAAGGAAAAUGACGCACUGCCGCUAAGGAUUUCAUCGAAGAAUAAUGCGGCACAAGUAGAGACCAACCAGCCUCAGCAGCCAGUACCCUGUUUGAUUGGGCCGAUGGCACUACCUCCUGAAUUACACCACAAUUCGAACGACCAAGUGACAAUUCAGCCACAGCAACCAGUGCCUUGUUUGAUAGGACCGAUGGCUCUGCCUGCAGAAUUGCGCCAUGAUCCGAACGUAACGGGAAGCUAUAAUUCUUUACAACAAGCAACUAGUACCGAAAUUACAACGCCUAACCGGAGCCAAGAUGCACAGGCUGCAGCCGGUGUUAAAAAUUCUACUCUGACGAGGCAAGAGGACACUAAGGAAGCCAUCCAACAGUGGCUUGACGAUAUACUUGAUAUGUGAUGUGUUACACAAUUGUUUUUAAUAAAUCAGACAUUUGAAUCGUCA